AUGUGGAGCACCAAAUUAUUCAGCAGUACUGUUGAGUGGGAAAUGACUCCUGUCCAUACGAUAAAAGAGAUGCUAACGGUGGAAGAACAGAAACAUAAAUCUCGGACACAGGUUUAUCCCUGGUUAAAGGGGUUUGAGAGUGACUUGACUGUACUUCCUGUAGAUAACAAGAACCUUCAUGACAAGUGUCACACUAACUCAGAUCUCCCUUUAGACUGUAAGGACCUCAAAGAAAAUUGUCAAACUAAUUCAGGUGUUUACGUCAUUUAUCCUUAUGGGGACCACUCCCGUCCUGUCCGAGUUUUCUGCGAUAUGGAGACGAUGGACGGAGGAUGGACGGCAAUCCAAAAACGAAUAAAUGGAUCGCUGAAAUUUUCCAAAAAUUGGGCAAAAUAUAAAGAUGGUUUUGGUGCAGCAGAAAAGGAUUACUGGAUAGGAAAUGACGUAAUCCGUCAGUUAACAAAGGGAAAGAACUCAGGCCUAUAUGUCUCAUUCAAACUAACAGAUGGCAGCAGACCGUACGAAGUGUAUGAUCGAUUUUGGAUUUCCAGCGAAGCAGAAAAGUAUAAACUCAAUCUGAGAGGAGAUUUCAGGGGAACCUUAGGUGACAGUAUGAUGAAAACUGGGAGUUCAAGCACUGUUCUAAAUGGGAUGUUCUUUAGCACCUCAGAUAGAGACAACGAUAGACAUGGUGGAUUAAACUGUGCUGAUUUAUACAAAGGGGGAUGGUGGUUCAAUUCCUGUCACCGCGCCUUCCUUAAUGGAAAAUGGUUAUCGAGAGGCUGGGAAUAUCCUUGGUCGUCUAAAUUUCAGUCUGGGACUUCAGUGAGGGAAACAAUCAUGAUGAUUAAACGUCACUAA